UGGGUGCGAGACAACAAGCAGAGGUGGCAAGAGUGGCUUCCCAUCGAAACCAACUGCAUCACCGGCUUUGGUCUGGCUGAUGCUGCAGGCAACUUUCUGAUGGACAGGGCAAAUGCAACAAGCUGCGAAGUGUGCACACCAGGCAGGUACUCGCAGGAGUACCUGGACACAGGCGGCCAGACCGGCUGCAUCAGCUGCGACGAGGUCCGCACGACCCGGCUACUGGCUGCAAGCAGAAGGGAAGACUGCGUGUGCAAGCCAGGUUUGAUCGAAGCGUCGCCGGGGGUUUGUGUGAGCUGCGGCGAAGGCUUGUACUGCCCGGUGGGAAGCACCGCACGGCCCGAAGUGCUGCCCAUGUACUUCAGCAGCAUGGAAGUGCCCCUGGAGACCUACCGUUGCCAGUCGCACUGCCCCGGGGGAGCACCAGGCAGUUGUGACGGAGGCCGCGUGGGCCGAACCUGCAGCGAGUGCCCCGACAACUUCUACAGCUCGGGGAACCAGUGCGUCGAGUGUGGUGUAGCGCUGCCAGUCCUUUGGCUUCUCGGCGUUGGCAUAGUGGUUUGUAGCAUCUUCAGCUCUUACUACCUCCUCACAUCAAGCUACACGGCCAAAGCCAGUGUGCUGACUUGUACCACGUGCAGCUUCGGCAUGAUGGUCUCCCUUUUCCAGAAUUUGGGAGUGAUACAGACCGUGUCAGUGAGCUUCACAACGAUGACGAACAUAGGCUUGGUUCCCUUCAUGUGUUACCGCCAUCCCGCAGGCAGCGAGAGCGUGCUGAAGUACAGCGACGUUUUCUGUAACUCGGCCGAGCACACGCUGAUGCAGCUGCUGGGCAUGGCCGUCUUGGCCUUGAGUGGCGCCUUCCUCGCCUCCUGCUUCUUCUUCGCGUGGAAAGCUCCUUCAUGGUCAGGCAAAGCAAUCCAAGGAGGUGUCCGCUUCCUGAUCUUCCGCUUUAGACCCAAUGUCUGGUGGUUUGGCCUUGUCCUUCUCACACGGGGACCGCUCCUUUCAAUGCCCGCCGUCGCAGCGCCAAACAAGCCGGCAGUGCAGUUUGUUUGCUUGCUCGGCAUCCUGCUGCUGUCCCUGCAGCUGCAGGUGUGGUACUUGCCAUGGAAGGCUCCGAUCCUGAACUUGGUGGACGGUGUCACCAACCUGCUCCUCGUGAUGCUCUUGGCAAUUGGCUUGGGCCGCCUCGGCCCAGACCCGGAGGACGGGCCUGCAGUCCUCGACAGCUUGGCCGCUGCCAUCUCUGCGAUGAUGAUGAGUGUGCUCGGCCUCAUGCUCGUACUUGCCAUGGCCGCCCUCUUCUACAAGAAGGCUUUGGGCAGCAAUGAUGAGCUUUGGAUCAUGAAUCUCGGCAAGCCACCAUCCUCCAAAGACUUCUGCGACACCUUGUCGAACUUCCUUCACAGCCAGCAAGACAUGCAGGAGAAGGAGGUGCGACAAGUGGUGGACGCGCUCUGCGUCUACGACUACUGUGACGUGAACGCGUCGAUUGUCCUCCUCAGCACGGAGCUGGGUUUCCGCAGCAAGCUCACAGAUGCCUUGGCCAGGCGCCGGAUUACCUCUUCGGGAUCUUUUGCUUCCCUGCCUGCAGGAAGUAAGACACAGCAAAUGGAUGCCGAAGUAGAAAGCGUCGACGAGGAAGACAACUGCCUUGAAAGCAAUGCGGACGAGGCUGCCGUAGCCAAGAUGGAGCCUCACGCAGAGGACAACAUUCAGGUGACACAACCAACGGAGUUUGAGCUGCGCCUCGAUGUCCUGGAGGAGAGCGGCCAUCUGCCGCAGAGGCUCGCGGACAGGCUUCUCAGCUGCCUGGGCCGUACUCUGAAAGCCGCCAAAUGCACCGGGGCUUUGCCUUUGCAGGAGCUCUCCCUGCGUUUGGCAUCCUUCGCCGACAAUGCAGAGCCACUCAGGCCGUCCUCCGAAGCUCGCAUUGCCCUCAUCGAGGGUCUCGAGUGCCUGCCGCUGCGGCGGCUGCAGCUUAGCUUCUUGCCACUUCGGCAGAAAGAUGUUUUGGAGAAGGUGGAGGAUGCAAGCAGCGGGAGGUGUUUAACCUUCACAUCAAUGCUUAGAGGGCUUGGCCAUCUGGAGCAUCUCGUCCUGACCCACAACGGCAUGUUUGGAGAUGUUGCCAUGGAGUUGGCGAAGGCUCUGCAGCAGCUGCACUUGCGCACGGCAGAUUUCUCCAGAAACCGCAUCUCCGUUGAGGCUUGGAAGCAAAUGGCCGAUGCACUGGGCG